AAGAAGAAGAACCAGUCUCGUCCAACAAAAAACCUUGUAUUUCGCUCGUAUAUAUACUAUUCUGAACCCUUACCCUUAUUUUUAGACCUCUCAUUCUCCUUCUUCUCAACUUUCUCGUCUCUUCUUUCUUUUGUCUCUUAUCCAUUUUCUCACUCUCCAAACAGAAAGUUAUUCGAAUCAUCAAAAUGCCUGCAACUGAAUACCAGCCUUCUAAUUUAUUCGGCCGAUACAGCAGCCGCCGGAAUCAGGUAGUCUCCAUGGACGGCAACCAUGAACAAGAGUUAGAAGACCUUGAGCUUUUCCAGCGACACGUGUCUGAUCGGUUCAACGAUUUACUCUCACCGCCCGAAGAUGGUUCUUCGGGUGACCCUUUGUUGUCUAUUUCUUGGCUGAGAAAACUUGUUGAUGUUUUCUUGUGCUGCGAGGCGGAAUUCAAGGCGGUUUUAAUCAUGGGUCGUGACCCAUCUCAUAUCGCUAAGCCACCGUUGGAUCGUUUGAUUCCUGAGUUAUUGGAACGAGCUGUUAAGGCUUUGGAUAUUUGUAAUGCGGUUUCUAGCGGCGUUGAUUCUGUUCGUCAGUGUCAGAAAUUCGCUGAAAUUGCUGUCGCGGCUUUUAAGCAAAAACCAUUAGGGGACGGUCAGGUUAAACGAGCCAGAAAAGCUUUGAGUUCUUUAAUGGCGGCUAUGACAUUCGACGACAAAGAAAAUAACCAUUUUAAAAGUGCUGAGAGAACAUGGUCUUUCGGUAGACGAGGAAAUAGUAACUCUAAUAAUAAAGAACGGGCUGUCGGGAAUUUCAGGUGUUUGUCAAUGAUCGUCGCGAAAAAUUGGUCAGCUUCGAAACAAAUUCAAGCUAUGUGUUCGAAUCUUGUCGCUCCACGUGGCGCGGAACCAACUGGACUGGCUUCCCCAGUUUUUGUAAUGAGCUCUGUGAUGGUUUUUGUGAUGUGGGCUUUAGUGGCGGCGAUUCCUUGUCAAGAAAGGAGUGGAUUAGCGACGCAUUUUCAGAUUCCGCGGCAGCUUCCGUGGGCGCAGAGUAUGAUCGGGUUACAAGAAAAGAUAGGCGAGGAAUGGAAAAAGAAGGAGAAAAAAGGGUCAGCUGGAUUACUCGAAGAAAUGCAGAGAAUGGAGAAACUGAGUCAGAGUUUGAUUGAAUUUGCCGACGGGUUUCAAUUCUCCGUGGAGGCGGAGAAGGAGGAGAUGAACGCUCAGGUGGAGGAGAUGGCGGAGAUUUGCCGGAGAAUGGAAGAAGGAUUGGUGCCGUUGCAGAUGCAGAUUAGGGAAGUGUUUCAUAGGAUUGUGAGGAGCAGAGCUGAGGUUCUUGAAUUGCUGGACCACUCUGGAAAAAUUUCUCAGCCUAUAACAUAAACUAUAAAUCUUUCAUAAUUUUUGCUUUUUAUGUUUAUAGGUAAUUGAUGAUCCCUGGUUCAAAUCUGUUCAUGUUUGGAGUAUGAACAUGUAAAUGAUGAACCUAAGAUGUGGAUUCUAUACAGAAUUUUACUUUUUUUCUGUUUAAUAGAUAUUAUUUUUGCCCCUCACAAGUUAUAUGGCGAAUUUGCAUUAUUAGCUGUGAAA